GAGAGUAUUGUUUGACUGUGAAAUGAAAAACAUGUUUUGAGCUCAAAGAAGAAGGAGAAGAAGAAUGAGGCUGUCGCUCACAGUGUCGAGCUGAACUCAUCAGAGCAGUAGCGGGGCGGUGACUGAUGGAUCAACCGGCGGAGACAUAACCGGAGACAAAGACACAGGAAGACACGGAGACAGACUGAGGGACAGACAGGUGGACAGACAGGCGGACAGAGAGACACAGACAGGUAGACAGACAGGCGCUAUGUGCGGAGGCACGCGCUGCUGGAGCGACAGGCACGAGCUCAGCCCAGCGCUGAGGUGAGGCAGCUUGUGAUUGGUGGUUGCCAUGGCGCCCAGGCCGUCGUCUGGGGAGCUGUGGGGGCUCCACCUGAUGCCCCCUCGCAUCCUGGUGGACUGCUGCCUGCCCAAUGGGAUGAUGGUCAGUCUCGAGUGUCUCAGAGAAACUCCUCUUAUCAACAUCAAGCAGCAGCUCUUCACUGAGGCCAGGAAGUACCCGCUCUACCACCUGCUGCAGGAGGAGUCGUGCUACAUCUUUGUUGGCGUGACCCAGGAGGCGGAGAGGGAAGAGUUUUAUGAUGAGACGAGGCGGCUUUGUGACCUCCGACUGUUCCACCCCAUCCUGAAGGUUAUCGAGCCGCUGGGCAACCGAGAGGAGAAGAUCCUGAACCGAGAGAUAGGGUUUGCCAUUGGGAUGCCGGUCUGUGAGUUCGAGAUGAUGAAGGACCCCGAGGUUCAGGACUUCCGCCGCUCCAUACUGAGCGUGUGCAGAGAGGCCAUGGAGGAGAGAGAGGGGGGAGGGGCCCACAGCCAGGCGCUCUACGUGUACCCGCCCAACGUGGAGUCUAGCCCCCAGCUCCCCCCCCACAUCUACAGCAAGCUGGACAAAGGGAGGUUGAUCGUGACCAUCUGGGUUAUCGUGUCUCCGUCCAACUCCAAACAGAAAUACACCCUGAAGGUGAGUCAUGACAGUUUACCUGAGCAGCUCAUAGCAGAGUCCAUCAGGAAGAAGAGCCGAUCCAUGCACCUGUCACCUCAGCAACUCCGCCUCUGUGUCCAGGAGUACCAGGGACAGUACAUUCUCAAGGUGUGUGGCUGUGACGAGUACCUGUUGGAGAAGUAUCCUCUCAGUCAGUACAAGUACAUCCGCUCCUGUAUCAUCGUGGGUCGUCUUCCUCACCUGAUGCUGGUCUCUAAGGACAGUCUCUACUCUCAGCUUCCUGCCUCUGGCUUUGUCACGCCUUCGUACAGUCGGAGGACUCCUCAGCCGUCUCCCUGUCCAGGAGGAGGUGAUGGUUCUCCUCCCCGCUCCCUGUGGGCCUUCAACACUAUGCUGAGGGUCCGCCUGCUCUGUGCCACCUACGUCAACGUCAACAUCAGAGACAUCGACAAGGUUUGUCUCUGGGUGUCCUUGGUCUGUCCUUACGUCUGUUCUCGUGAGACAUCUUCAGUCUAGGUGUGUGCUGUUCAGAGUCCCUGUGUAGACAAGAGGAAGUGUCCGUGCUCUGUCCCUUUAUGGGAGACACUUGUCCCCACAUCAUGUUUAAUAAAAGUCACUGUUUAGAUUUUAAUGUAAUGUUUUGUCUCUCUGUGGUGGUUGUAGCUGCCCUUGGCUUUAUGAAACACGCAGAGAGUC